AUGCCAAUGUUUGAGAACUCGGGUAAGCAUCAAAUGGGGACAAGGCUGAUGAGUAGCGAUAGCGUUACAGGUAAAGAAGAAAGCGUUUUCUAUGGAAGAUCAGAAGAGUGUCUCAUUCUCUGCAAUGAGACAAUAUAUGAAAAGGAUGGGAUGCUUUUCUUUGGCUGCAGUUUUGGUGUCAGAAUUUUCUUCCCUUUUGAUACACCCAUGACCUAUCCGUCAUAA